AUGCAUGCAAAGAAGCCGGCGGUGCUACUGCAAGGCUUUAUUCGAGGCCCUAUGGUAUUAGUUCGCUUCCUGAAAACAGUACAAGAUGGAAGCAAGACAGGCAAAGGCGUGCAUAGCGACACACCCCUGUGCUGUAGGUUCGCGCCGAACGAUCCGGAUUUAGUGCUGACGACGGGACAGGAUGCGAAAUUGUUCGUUACAAGCGUUAACGGCGGAUCAGACUGCUCUUUUGAGAGCCAUCUUGGCUUAUCGCAUGAAUUCGGUACAGGUCCGUUCGAAUCAAUGAAAACAGUGGAUGCUACACCGUUCAGUAUUACUUGCUUCCUGUGUCACAUUCAUACCUGA